AUGGCUUUAUCAGCUUUUAAAGCAGCUGUUGUACUUAUUAUAUUUUUUGAAUUCUGCAAUUCCUUAGAGACCAUUGUGGUGGACUACCCAGGCGAUUCCCAAGAAUCGCUUUGAAGUGAAUUUCCCUCACCUGAGUUAUUAACAAUUUUCAAUGCCUCUGUAGAAUGGCACAAGUGCAAUUUUUCCUCUAUUUUAUUUUGUAUUUCUCAACACCCAAACUCUUCACUACUGCUUGAUUAUUCAAAAGAUCUAAUAGUUCAAAAUUCGCUUUCUCAAAUAUGCCAGGAUUAUUUUUUAAUACAUUUAGUAUUUCAGAAUAAUUUCAGAUAUUUAGAAAAAUGAAGUUACUCGUUGACUUCUUCAUUUUCUGAUUAUUUAAGUGCGUUUUUGUCAUUAUUAAGAUAUUUUAAUUGAAGUCAAGGUACUGUCUUUUUAAACGAGGAUACUAAGUAUUUUAAAGAUGAAAUUUUGCAAUAUUUAUCCGAGCUUGAUUAUUAUACUGUUUCAACUAUGACAGAUACUAAUGGCCUAAUUGAUGGAGUUAUUGCAAGGACUGGAGCUACCAUUUACUAUCUUUUCCUUAACACCCUUCAAUCAAAAAAUAUGCAAAUUGCCUUAAAAAAUGCAAAAUUGUUAACAAGCGGAAGUGCAGUCAUUUUAAAUCAAGAAAGUGGAUAUGAAUGUGAUACUGAAGGAGUCUUGAUCAUAGCAGAGAAAGGCCAUGAAUUUGACGCUUCAUCACAAGAAUAUUUAAAAUCUACAAUCAUAGAAAUUAUUUCUUUAGUACUAGAAGCUGAAAAUUCAAAAGACGUCAAAACAUUUUUUGACUCAAAAUUGCCAAAACAUUAUGCUUCUCCUGAGUUUUCUAUUAUAAAUAUACAGAAUGGCCAAAGAGUGAUUGUUGGAUCAAUAACGAAUGGAAAUUUAGUUAUAUCAGGCAAUAUAACUUUUUUAGGAACUCAAGUACUAUACCUAAAUCUGACAAAAAAGUGUUACCAAUAA